AUGUCUUGUUCAGUGGCCGUUUGCAAUUCUCCGGCGAUUUUCGGAGUCUACGAUGGUCACGGAGGAGUUAAAGCGGCUGAGUUUGCUGCUAAGAACUUAGAUAAUAACGUUUUAGAAAAGGUAGUUGGUAAGAGAGACGAGUGUGAGAUAGCAGACGCGGUGAAACGCGGUUACAUGGCCACGGAUGCUGCUUUUCUCAAGGAGAAAGAUGUCAAGGGCGGUUCAUGCUGCGUCACGGCUAUGGUCUGGAACGGGAACCUUGUGGUGGCCAAUGCAGGUGACUGUCGCGCUGUCAUGAGCGUAGGAGGUGUCGCGCAGGCCCUAUCUUCCGAUCACCGCCCGUCAAGGGACGACGAACGUAAAAGAAUUGAAACCACGGGCGGAUAUGUCGAUACAUUUCACGGUGUUUGGAGAAUUCAAGGAUCUUUAGCUGUGUCAAGAGGAAUCGGAGAUGCUCAUCUCAAGAAGUGGGUUAUAGCCGAACCAGAGACGAAGAUCCUAAGAAUUGAUAUGGACCAUGAGUUCUUGAUCUUGGCAUCGGACGGUCUAUGGGACAAAGUGAGUAACCAAGAAGCAGUAGACAUUGCUCGUCCCCUCUGCGUAGGAGCCGAGAAGUCAUUGUUGUUAGCCUGUAAGAAGCUCGUCGAUCUCUCGGCUUCACGAGGCUCAUCGGAUGAUAUCAGUGUGAUGUUGAUCCCUUUGCGUCAGUUCAUCUAG